UGGGCGUUCAGGUCACAUCACCAAUCCGAGCGAAUCGACUCCGCAUCUACCUGUGUCUAUGUGUGUGUGUGUCCAGGAUUGUCACACCAACGCCCGUCAACACCCGCCUCCUGCUACCGCCGCCUGUUCGGGUUAACGGAAGAGCGACGUGCAAGAUAGUGAGGCUGCGAAGUGAGAAGAGGAAGAGACUAUACGAAGUGAAGCGAGGAAAGAGAGACGAAUUAAGGCUGCAAAGUGAGACAAAGGAGAGACUAGGAAGUGAGACAAAGGAGAGACUAGGAGGCGAGACUUCGAAGUGGGACAAGGUUGAGUCAGCGAAUUGAGACAAGCUUGCGGCUAUGAGGAGAGAAGUGAGACUGAAAAGUGAGGUUGUGAGGUGAGGCAAAGGAAAGUGAGGUUGGGAAGUCAGACAAGUUUGCGACUACAGGGUGAGAAGCGAGGCUGAAGAGUGAGAACACGGUGAGGCUGUGAUCUAAGAGUGGGAAGUGAAGCUGCUUAGCGAGAGGGUGCCAAGUGAGUCCACCUUCGAAGUCAGGCUGCGAGGUGAGACAAGGGCGCGGCCACAUGAGUCCCGGAAGCACCUCCCUCCCGCCCACCACCGCCCUGGCCGCGACGCCCUCCCCGGCCUCCAAUACUAACGACCACCACGAUGAGGACAGCGACACGCAUGACGACUGUCCCUUCCGGCAGCUCCUCAGCGUGCGCCCCGCCUCCUGCACGCCGAGACCGAGGCCGAGUGGGGCGGGGCGCGGCGGGCGGAUGAAGGAGGAGCGGGGCAGCGGCAAGAGUGUAAGGUUCGCGGACACUGUAAUCGGGCCGGACGGAAGCCCUUUCACUCCCGGGGCCGGCAGAGGGGACGCAGCCACGCCCUACAGGAACGGCGUCGUCAAUAUGGGAAAGUUUUACCGUAGGAGUGACGGGAGGUUCGUGACCCGAGGCGGCGGGAGGAGACCAGCCACAGCGAAGGAGCGUGCGCCCCCCGUCCCGCCCAGGCCCCCGCUGACGGCGCAGUACAGCCUAAAGCCCAGCCAGUACCAACUCCUGAACACGAGCUAUGAGUGCCACAAGAAAUGUCCGUUUAGGGAGCUUCUGAACAAUCGCCCGCAUAAGUCGGUGCCCAAGUCGUGGCGGUCGCUGUCGGAGGGUCGGCCGCGUCUGGUCGGGGAGGGACCCAAGCGGCCGGGCAUGAGGGUGUCGGGGGUGAGUGCGCCACGGUGGGAACACGGAGGUAGCAAAUUGAACAACGGCGCCUCCCUCAGCAAGCCACCGCAGGGCACGGGAGAAGCGGAGGACGAGGUGGACGUGAGGGACAUCAAGCUUCCCAUCACGUAUAAGAACAUCUCCCUGUACGUGGUGGGUUGGCCCAAACUCGAGGCCGUCAGGAAAAACUCUUCUCGUACGCGGUCAUCUUCCUGCCCCAUUAACGCCGCUACCACCCCAAAGUCACGCCCCAGGACCCGCUCAGCCCCCGCCGGCAGCACCUGUGUCCCCACCACCACCACGACCACCACAACACCUGCCUCCUCCUCCCACAGGUGUAACUCGGCCACCACCCGCAGCGCCUCCUUCACCGAUGACGCAUACACUAAUACCACCGUGGACGCCUCGGAUUGUGGCACCGGGAACAUGUCGCCUACAGCCUCGAGGGACCAGUCAACCACUAAACCAACCACACGCUUGAGCUUCAGCCCCAAGACGUGGCCGUUCUGCACCCCGAAGGCACACUCGCAUCAUGGCGUCGGCUGCAAGUACUGGCGGGCGCCGUGUCCCUUGCCGUGGUUCCUGCAGGUCGAUAUCCCGCGCCCUGGGCCUAUCUACCUCGGGGUUCUGCCGGGGCUGUACGUGGGCAACAUCAGGGACAGCAAGGACGCCGACCAACUCAAGACCCAUAACAUCACCCACAUCCUCUCCAUCCACGACAACGCAAGGAAGCUCCCAUGCAACUCCGACAAGGAGUAUCUAUGUAUCACCGCCUCGGACUCGCCCGGCCAGAACCUUAUGCAAUACUUUCCCGCCUGCAACGACUUCAUCCACACGGCCAGACUCAAGGGAGGGGCCGUGCUCAUCCACUGCCUGGCGGGAAUGUCUCGGUCGGUGACGGUGGCGGUCGUCUACGUCAUGUGCGUCACGUCCCUCAGCUGGCGCGACGCUCUCAAGGUCGUGCGCGGCGCCAGGAACGUCGCCAACCCCAACGUCGGGUUCUUGAAGCAGCUGCAGGACUUUGAAAGCGACAGGAUGGCCGAGGAGCGCCGGAGACUCAAGGCCAAGUACCCGAGUGUAACCUUGAAGGAGGAGGACGAGCAGAUGGCCAAGACGCUCCUCGCCUCCUACUACCAUUCCAUGAGCCUCGGGGAGAUGUGUGAGGGAACAUGUGCCCCCGGGGUGACCUGCCCAAGGGGGAUCUGCCACCCUGCGAGAAGGACCGGCCUCUUCAGGAGAAACUCACGCGAAAGCUCCGGCAGCAGGUCGUCCAGCCCCUCGAGACGACCCUCCAGCCCCAGCUCAGCAUCCUCCAGCCCCGCCACCUCCCCCGUGCCCCCGCGACGCUCCAGCCCCACCCCGCAGUCCCCGCUCAUCCGGCGCAGUAGCAGCUCCUCCCCGCAGCUCACUCCCCCCGUGCAAGGCUACCCGGAAACACGGAGAGGGUCAUCCCCACUCCGCUCUCCGCUCCAGGGCACGUCACCGCUCUCAUCGCCGAAUAGAAGUUCAUCUCCGACUAGUCCCAAACGUGGCUCCUCCCCAGUUCGCUCCCUAAGCUCCUCCCCAAACAGCUCCCCGGCCACGUCACCCAAGCACCCACAGUCGCCUUUCAUCUCCCCAAGACACACGUACACCUCCCCGCCUGGAUCACCUAAACGCUGUCCCUCCCCGGUAUCCUCCCCGAAGCGAUCCAACUCGGCACCGAACUCCCCCCAGCGCACGGCGAAGAAGUUGACGCUGUCCCCGCGGAACAUGCUGCGGCAGUGCUCCCUCUGGCAACACUCCAUCAAGGUCAACGGCGUGGACAGCAAGUCAAAGUACAUCUCCGGCCUGGUUCUCGUCGACGGUGACCGAGAGCUGACUCAGAACGAAAAGGAAUUGCUCAGAUCGCUAGAGGAGAAGGGAGUUCCAAUCCGACAGCUUAAACCGGACUCUGCUGCAGCUACCCACUUGUCCAGACAGACGUCCCUUCCCCCACAGUCCCCACAGGAUAAGUCACCGCCUCAGCAUCGUUCCCUGAAGAAGCAAGCAUCUCUCCCGCCACAGCCUAAGCCUUCACAUCCAUGCCACCCGACCGUCCUGGGGUCCUACCUACAAAUCUACCGUCAGUCGUCGCUACCGGAGGAGUGCGAGGACUUGGGGGACCAUACCACGCCCUCCUCCGACCACCAGAUGUACCGCUGGAUCACUCGACAGGCUCCACCCCCUGAGCCCCUGUCGUGCCCAUAUGACGAGCUGUUCCGUCAGGCGUCCCAGCAGGAGUCUCGGUACAAACCCAAACCCCUGGAGAUCCUCAAGUUUGCGUCCGAGGAGAAUAAGAACAAACAGAACGAUCUCAAAUCAGGAGGCAAGGACGGUGCCGUGACAUCCUCGAAGCUCGCGUCAGACAAUCAGGCGAAGGAUACAAUCAAACCGAGCACUUCCUCGUCUGUCAUGCCCACCACCUCCGUCACGCCAGCCACACCUCUUACGUCUGUGUUGCCGCUUAUCAUCCCCAUCACGUCCUUCACGCCCGCCACGCCUGUUACCUGCGUUUUGCCGACUAUCCCCAUGGCAGCUGUUUCGCCCGCUACAUCCGUGACAUCCAUUACGCAGUCUGUCGCCGCCACCACAUCUGUUAGCACGACCUCAUCUGUUACAACGACCUCAUCUGUCACCCCCAGCACAUCAAUCACCACCACCACAUCCAUUGCGCCCACCAAAACAUCCACAACCACCUCAUCCGUCACCUCAACAGCAACAGCGACAUCAACCACAGCCGUCACCUCCUCCACCUCAUCCAAGACUGUCAAUACUUCUGCGUCGCCUGCAUCAGUCAGUCAAGCUAAAUCAGUUCCCUCCGUCGCCCCCACCGAAAGCCAGGUUGAGUCCUCGGUGGUAGCCAACUCGUCGCCUAGAAGGACCUCAGUACAACGCCCACACGAGCUCCCAACCUCCAAGAACACAUCUCCCAAACGCAAGCCACCGUUCUCGCUACCUAACAGACCAAAGAGCAAACAAGGUACCUCUUCGAGAUCUCCUUCGCAGUCACCCCAAACUAAGACUCCUCCCUCAAUCAAGCACGACCAGGAGCAUGAGUCAAAGCCUCCCGCUAUUGCCGGAGAGGAAAAAUCUGGGAAAGACGUGGAGGAAAAGUUGGUGUCCGAAGCAAAGCAGAAUUCAGACACAGACCCCCGAAAGGAUAGAUCAGAUUCACCCUCUGGUUCGAAGUCUGUGUCCUCGCCAAAGCAUCGCCACAAAUCAGGGUUCACUGUGAAACAUGAGGACACAACUCAUUCCCGAAAGGAAAGAUCUGAUUCACAUUCAAGUUCGAGGUCAGUGUCCCCGCCUAAGCAUCGCCACAAACCAGGGUUCACUGUGAAACAUGAGGACCGAAAGGAAAGAUCCGAUUCACCUUCAAAAUCGAGGUCGGUGUCCCCGCCCAGACAUCGCCACAAAUCAGGGUUCACCUUAAAGCAAAGGGAAGCUUAUCGUUCCCGGAAGGAUAGAUCUGAUUCCUCUUCAAGUUCGAGGUCUGAGUCCCCGCCAAGGCAUCGCCACAAACCCGGGUCUGCCGUGAAGCAAGAGAAGACAACGCCUUGUUCCCGAAAGGACAAAUCGGACUCGCCUUCAGCGUCGAGGUCUGUGUCGCCGCCAAAACACCGCCACAAGCCAGGGGUCGCCGUGAAACAAGAGGAAACAAAGUCUCAUUCCAAAAACAAGAAAGACCUCGACCAAAGUGAACACUUGAAAAAAGAUCCCAAACAAGAAACUCCUUCAGCUAAAGUACACAAACCCGAGACCUCUUGUAAGGUCAUGAAGCAGGAGGAAAUAACAACUCCCAAAACUAAGAAAGAUCCCGAGCUUAGUGAACCCUCGAAAAAAGACCAUAAACAUGAACCUCCAUCAGCUAAAGGUCCCAAACCCGAGACACCUUUGAAGAAACAAAAAUCAGUGGCCUCCAUGAAGCAAGAUUCUCCUAAGUCUGGCUCGUCUGCAAAGCAAGAAGCAAAAUCUGGACCCUGUGUGAAACAAAAGAAGUCAGUUGAGUCCCCCGUGAAGCAUGACAAGAAGCCAGGGUUCCCCGUAAAGGUGGACAGCCGGCCAGACUCCCUCUUCUUCAAAGACCCCAAGCCAGGUUCCCCAUUGAAGCAACACCACAAGGGAGAUUCACCUUCAGUUAAAGACCAGAAGUCAAUCACUCAACUAAAGAAAGAUCACAUGCCAAAUUCUCCUCCAAGUAAAGAAAAUGAGACAGGUUCUCCUUCACACAAAGAACGACAGCCAGUCUCUCACUUAAAGAAAGACCACAGCUCAAGUUCUCUGUUAAAUAAAGAACACAAACCAGGUUCUCUGAAAAAUAAAGGAGAGAAGACAAAUUGCACCUCAAAGCAAGACCAUAAACCAGGAUCCUCCCUGAGCCGAGACCACACGACAGGGUCAUCCUCCCCUAAGGACAAAAAGCCAAGUUCCAACCUGAAUCAAGAGCACAAAGAAGGGUCUCUCUCAAGGCAGGACCAAACACCCGAGAAUCAGGGACAUCCGACAUCAGGAUCCCCUGUGAAGAAAGGCCAUAAAUCGGACUCUCUCCCAAGGCAAAGUCAGAAGGUAGAUUCUCCUUUGAUGAAGGACCACACCCCAGGGUCCCCCUUGAAACAAGACUUUAGGCCGGGCUCUCCAUUGAUACAUGACCACAGAGCUGGGUCCCCCUUGAAACAGGACUUCGGACCAGGAUCCCCUUUGAAGCAUGACUUUAGACCAGGGUCUCCUUUGAAGCAGGACUUCGGACCAGGAUCCCCUUUGAAGCAUGACUUUAGACCAGGGUCUCCUUUGAAACAGGACUUCGGACUAGGAUCCCCUUUGAAGCAGGACUUUAGACCAGGGUCUCCUUUGAAGCAGGACUUCGGACCAGGAUCCCCUUUGAAGCAGGACUUUAGACCAGGGUCUCCUUUGAAGCAGGACUUCAGACCAGGAUCCCCUCUAAGAAAGGACUCACGACCAGGGUCCCCAGGAUUCGGUACAGUGGUCAUUUCAAAAGUCUCCCGGUCACCGUCUGCCUCCCCCCCGCCGCCCAAGCUGCCGCCGCCCCCGCAGUCCCCAAAGCGUUCUGGUGACCGCAGAAGAGGAAGCGUUGCGUCUUCUACGACGCCAGACUCUCGUCGAGUCAUGACCAAGCCUCAAUGUCACACCCACAACAACCCCACGCCCCCCACCUCUCAGCAUCCCUCGCCUCCGCCCACUACUCCUCCCCAGCAGCAGCCUAACCCCCAACAGGUGACGGAUAUGCAGCAGCAGCCCGUCAGACCGUCAACACCAAUCAAGGAACAGCCACGAUCCAGUCCCCCGCUUCCUGCCUCUCCGCGACCACUGCCCAGUUAUGUCAACCAGGCAGAGCAGCCGACUUGUCCUCCUUGUCUGCCCAUCCAGUCUCGCCCACGUGCCUCCCUAGAACCCAAAAGCUGCAAUAUGCCAUCCUCCACCACCGCUUCCACAAGCCUGAACCCAGCUCCUCAGAAUGCUGGGUCUCGGAACAGCAUCUCUCCAAACGCCGAAGCUUUAAAGUCCGAGAAGGAUUCUUGCCCUACUCAGCUGCCUCCUGGAGUCAACGCUGGCCAGCCACCCGCACCCACCCGUCCGAACGAACGCUCCAAUCACCAAACACAGCCUACAGCUUCCAAGAGCCCUCCUCCCAACACUAAAGCUAAAGCAUGUGGUUCCGAGGUUAUUAAUGGCACAAAAUCUCAGUCCCCGUGUUCUCAGAAACCUGCUAAAGACUGUGGUUCUAAAAUUUCUCAUGACACAAAAAGUCAGUCUCCAUGUUCUCAAAGAUCUGCUAAAGACUGUGGUUCUCAAAUGUCUCACGACACAAAAACUCAGUCUCCAUGUUCUCAGAAGUCUGCAAAAGGAUGUGGUCCUCAGGUUUCUCACAACACGAAAAACCAGUCCCCAUGUUCUCAGAAAUCUAGAGGGGUCGCUGUGAUGGCCGUUGUCGCCUACAAAGGCUCCUCAGGUUCCUCGCAAGGCAAGCAACAUGGAAACACGUUUCAGAAUUUCCAUGAACUGUUCAAAAAAUGUUCGGUGAGGAAUCAGCCGCAGGCGGGGGAGUGUUCCAUGCAGGCCUCCCCGCCGAGGGCCGCCGAGACGCACCAGCAUUCCCUCGCUACUCGCGGGUCGCGCGCCCUCCCCUCCAAGUGACGCCAGAAGUACUCGGCGUCGUCAGCACCAAUGGCAUAACUAACACGACACCAACCAAGUCCCUCAAUCAUGGACAGUGACUGAGGUCCUGAGCGGAUCACUGAGCAGAGCCGCCGUGCCCUAGCGCAGCCGCAUCCUUCAUGACACGCCUCUCUGGCCCUAAGAGGAGUAUGUUCAAAUAAACCCGAAUUAUUGAGACAGCGGAGCAGCUGGCCCGCCUACGUUCACGGUGACGUUAAACUACCAGACAAAAAGUGAUGUGGGUCGAAGAGCUUUCUUCGUCCCUGACACAACCAAAGAACUUUUCCCGGUGCCUCGUCGCCAGACACCGCCCAGCGUCCUGCUGCCCUGCCGCGUGCCAGGCUUCGUGCACCGGCAGCGGCGGCUCUUUGAGUGACUGCGGUGCGGCGCGUCGAGCCCACCAGACUGUGACAGUCAAGACUCUAAAGACUAAGAUUAGUUUACAGUGAUAAGUGCAUUUAGGAGGCCUUGUAUUGUUCUGAGUGAUUGACUAACACUUCAAUCCUUGGUGUUAGUCGCUGGUAGGAGAGAGACGUUGAGUCGAGUGGCUCAGGCGCGUGAUAAUGGUUUACAAACUUCAUACGAGUCACAAAACAAAGUAAUUUUAGGCUAAGGAGUACUCGCACAAGGCGCGUCCGUGCUCCGAAAGGUAAGCGACGUCGCCUCGUGGUUGCUACUAAUGUGUAGAGGAAAACUCGCCUCCAACGAAACAUAAAACACAGACUUUGAAUACACCUUACUGAAAUUCAGUCACUUGUUACAGAUAUCACUGACAGGAAACGAUAUAAGUUUUUAAGAAAGCGUUACACCCCUUGGAACUGACAUCUCAAGAGGCCGAAUUCUCCUCCACACAUUCAACCCUCACCCAAUCCUUUUAUCUCCCCCCACACGGUUCGCCACGCCUCGCCAAAGGGUCGGAACUCCCUUCAGCCCUAUUCCCCGAGGCAUGGCGGCCGGAGCAAGGGAGCAAGCCUGUUCUUGUGUCUUUGAAUCACAACGCACAAAUCACCAGAUUGGACAGUCCGCGAGACGCCUAAACAACACUAAAACAACUCAGCCCUUCAAGCCAUCACGCCUGUCGGGCACCACAGACUAAUGAAGACACCUGUCCCUUCACACCUGUCUCUGGCCCCGAACUCGACAGGAGAGCAAGCUUAAGGUCCAUUUUUUAAUCCAGUUCCUAUACGAUUCUCAGCCAUGUAGUCUCCGCUUACUGUAACGGUUGCGAAGGCUUAGCGGCUGCAGUAGUCUACCCUCAGUGCCCUCACCCACCCUGCUCACCCUGCCCACGCCCUUGCCAGGUAGUACUGCUCCCUGCUCUCACUCUCACACCACGUCCGGGUCUCUUGGCGUGUUCUGGGACAACUUUAUAGACGGCUGUUCGUUUCAGUGUUUUCUUUUUCUCUUAGGUGCUCAUAGUGUUCUAGUGAGUUCCUUACCUGUAGAAACCUUCCUCACGUAUAGUUUUCCUCUCUCGAACUAUCUCUCUCUCCAUCUCCCUAUCUAUCUAUCUAUCCCCAGCACGUUUUAAUGUCUUCAUCUCCUCCCCUCCCAUCCAUUAACUCCUUCGCCAUAACCAUUACCUCGGCCAACCCUUCCUGUGCACCACCUCGAUAUUCACUUCCACUUCAGUAUGAUGUCAAAAGAUUCAUAUUCCUGUUCUACUCUGGUCGUCUUACAGGCCCGGACACACUUGCCACAGAACACUGAAACAUUGCUCCGAACAUGUUACCAACGUGGCAGAAACAUGUUCCUGAACCUGCUUUACCAACACUUUCAAAGCAAUGGCUGAUGACAUUCGGAGCAAACAUUAUAACAUGCUCAAAGCUGACUUGCAGUCCACACGAACACGCGUCUGUAGCGGUGCUCAUCACCGUGUCGGCGGCUGCGGGUCUUUGUUAUAGUCAGACGUUACUUUGAAUCAGCCAUUGCUUUGAAAAUGUUGAUAUGUUCAUGGACAUGUUUCUGCAUGUUGGUUACACAUUCAGAGCGGGCAAUGUCCGGGCAUUCCCACGACCACUAUUUUGAUCCCUAAACGCCUUUAAUCGGGUAUACCACCACUUUAAAACCACCACCACCACCACCACCCUACACUCACCACCGCCACCACCACCCUACACUUACCACCACCGUCACCUCACCACCACCACCACCACCACCUCACCACCACCGCCACCGCCAUCUUCAGUGUGUGUACCAUUUUAUAGUUUCACUCGCCUUCAUUCACCAAUCAUUUCAACUGUGAUAGUGGCUAGAUAAGAUAUAUUACUUUUCGGUGUUAUUUUUCGGCAGAGUUACGUACUUUUGGUGUUGACUCACUCACUCACUCGAUUGUUCAGCUUCACUUUUCCCUUCUUCCCUUCCCUUCCCUUCGCCCCGUUGCGUUGCCUCGAAAUGCUCACGCAGAUUACACAUACGGUAAGAUAAUUCGCUUUCUCCAGCACUAUGCCUUUUAACGAAUGCAUAUACUUAGCCUAGACAGCGCUAUAGUUAGGUAAUAAUAAUAAUAAUAAUAAUAAUAAUAAUA